UUCAACCCUAGGCAAGAGCUCGAGCACAUCUUGUCCACGUCUCCCGUCGUCAUCUUCUCGAAGUCCUACUGCCCUUUCUCCAAGAAGCUAAAGCACCUUCUCAAAACAGAGUACCAUAUUACCCCCGAGCCACUCAUCAUCGAGUUGGACGACCACGAGAACGGUAAGGAAUUGCAGCAGCAUGUGGGCGAAACAACCGGCAGAUUCACCGUCCCUAACUUCAUUGUCGACGGCAAGAGUAGAGGUGGUGCAGACGACAUCCUCGCCCUACAUGACAACAACGAGUUGAUCGACUUGUUUCACCAAUGGUCCACCGGCAGUGCCAAAAUCAAGAAAUUGGGCACCGAGAAAUGA